AUGUUGGAGGACAUUUUUCAAUCCCUCACUUCAGUCUCACUGUUUGGGGCCUUUAUUGCUCUCUUUGUCUUCCACCUUUUGUAUUCAAACUUAAAUUUUCAGGAAAAACGUGAUCCUCCAGGACCCAUACGUGUUCCUGUGUUGGGUAACCUGCUUCAAAUUGAUCUGAACAGACUUGACCAAAGUCUUUUUGAUCUGUCCAAAAAAUAUGGAUCAGUUUUCCAAGUCUACUUUGGACCACAGAAAGUGGUGGUUUUGGCAGGUUACAGGACAGUCAAACAGGCUAUGGUGAACCACGCUGAUGAGUUUGGAAACAGAGAAAUCACUCCACUCUUCUAUGAUUUAAACCAGGGGCAUGGUGUUUUGUUCUCCAAUGGCGAUUCGUGGAAAGAAAUGAGGCGUUUUGCUCUGACAACUCUAAGAGAUAUUGGGAUGGGCAGAAAGAUGAGUGAAGAGACAAUUAUUGCAGAAAGUGGUUAUCUCAAGAAAGAGUUUGAACAAUUUGAAGGUGAAGCCUUCGACACUCUGGCUAUCAAUUAUGCUUCUGCAAAUGUGAUAUCAGCGCUGUUGUUUGGAAAAAGAUUUGAAUAUAAUGAUCAGAUCCUCCAAAAUAUAGUGCAGAUUGAUCGGGAGAAUAUUCAUUUGACAGGAUCGGCUUCUGUCAUGAUUUACAAUCUAUAUCCAUGGCUGGGCCCUUUCUGUCAAAACUGGAAGGAUUUGAUGAAGAACAAUGAAAAUGGUGUUGCAGACCUAAGGAUGUUAAUUGCAGAUCUGAAAGAAACUUUCGACCCGAAGGUUUGCAGAUGCUUUGUGGAUGCAUUUCUGAUUCGUAAGCAAUAUUUGAAAGAUGAUGUCAGAAACUCCCACUAUCAUGAUGACAACCUGCUGCACACUGUAGAUAAUUUGCUCACAGCUGGUACAGAUACCACAGCAGUUACACUAACGUGGUGUCUCCUGUACAUGGCCAAGUUUCUUCAUAUACAAGAUCGUGUCCAGGAGGAGCUGAGCAGGGUGAUUGGAAGCCGACAGAUUCGAACUGAGGACAGAAAGGACUUGCCGUACACUGACGCAGUUAUCCACGAGUCACAGAGAUUUGCAAACAUUGCCCCCACGGCCCUUCCUCACAGAACAACAAAAGAUCUCACCUUCCAAGGCUAUGUCAUUAAAGAGGGAACCACAGUAGUUCCUCUCCUUACUUCUGUCCUGUAUGAUGAGAGUGAAUGGGAGAGUCCUUACACUUUCAACCCUUUCCAUUUCCUGAAUAAGGAGGGUAAAUUCAUCCGGAGAGAUGCCUUUAUGGCUUUUAAUGGAGGCCGUAGGGCAUGUCUUGGAGAGAGUCUGGCAAGAAUGGAGCUCUUCCUGUUCUUUACUUCCCUCCUUCAACAUUUUCGUUUCACCCCCCCACCUGGAGUUUCAGUGGAUGAAGUGGAUCUGGAUCCACUUGUAGGUUUGACCCUCGCUCCUAAACCUCAGCAGUUCUGUGCUGUCCGACGCCUCUGA